AUGCGGCCUUUGCUCGCGCUGAUACUACCUCUAGGAUGGCCGCUCCUGGUGGCAUCCUCCUCGCCUGAGCCGUGUGCACUCGUUACUGAGAUAUCCAACGAGAGUGGGAGUUUGAUCGUUAAAGUCCCCGCUCAAUUGGCCCACGAAUGUCUUUUGUCCAUCCCCUUUCGCUCGGAUCUUGCCAGCGAGUUUAUCCAGGAGAUCACCAAGCACAUCCAAUGGCACUCUACAGUCGACGCCCUCAAGGACCCCCCGGCUACAUACACUUCAUCAGCUACCGACAUUCUGGGUGGCCUGGAAAAGAUUGGCCGGACAAAUUAUGCGAGCCAUUACGAGUUUGAUACUGCCAUCUCCAACCUCCUCAGUAGCGCCAACGAUGGUCACCUGGCGAUAUUCCCAUGUACGCUUUCGAUAUUCGACUUUUGCCUGGAAGACGCGGGGUUAGUGUCUGUCUCAACGGAUGGUAUCCAGGCACCCGAGGUGUACACUCUUUCAGAUUCUCUGCUUCUCAACAGCACCGUCGUCCAGGUCUCUCCUAUCGUGUCAAUCAAUGGCAAGCAAGUCAACGCGUACCUCGAGGAGAUUGCCUGUCCCUUGAAGAGCCGAGAUCCUGAUGCUCGGUAUAAUCGAGUCUUUUACUCUCUCCCCAGCCUAGCAACGGGAAAUACCUCUCCGACUGGUACCUUUAUCGAAAGGGACGGUGUGUAUCCCGGCUCUGAUGUCACAACGAUCGAGUUCCGGAACGGUUCAAGUAAUGUACUGAAUACCCUGGCGAUUCUCAGAAAGUCGGGGUUUUCAGCGAAGGACGGAAGUGAUGUCUUUAACAAUUACUGCCUUAACAAGCAGCAAUCUCCGUAUUUGAAGCGCAGAUCUACGAAUACUGGCGAGCCAACACCUUACGUACAACCUCCGAAGCAGUCGGGACCUUCCGGAUAUCCCGAACCUCUCAUCCGUGAUCCUUACGGCCAAAUUAACGGCUACGCCCUAGAUGACGAUACGACUGUGAUACUCGUCCCUACUUUCACCACUGCUGGAGGUGGAUUGCCUGGCAACCAAACGCGAGUCUUUGCCGAGACCGCAAGCGCGAUCGUCUUGAAUGCUUUGGCCAAUGGACACACCAAACUCAUCAUCGAUGUAUCUGGGAACUCGGGCGGACAGAUCGACAGGGCUUUUGACCUGUUCAAGUUAUUCUUUCCAUCGAAGGAACCUUAUUCAGCCACCAGAUUUCGACGACACGAGGCAUCUGAGGGUGUAGUCAAGGUGUUUGGGGGUAUCAGCAAGGAUGCUGCUCAGAUGAAUGCUCCCUUGGCCUACGCUGGACAAGUCACGCCAGGCCAAGAGGCCGGCUUCGAAUCUGCAGAAGAGUUUCUCGGCGACGACAUAGAGCUGGGAGGAAAGGUUAGUUCGCUUUACGCCAACUACAACUACACGUCCAAUUCGAUCAAGGCUAUUCCGAUACGAGGUUAUGGUGGUCAGCCCAUCAACAUGACGCAGCCUUUCAAAGCAGAGAAUAUCAUCAUAAUUGGCGACGGUGUGUGUGCCUCGACUUGCACCACAUUUGUCAACUUGAUGACCAAUGUUGGCGGUGUCCGUACCGUAUCCUUCGGUGGACGUCCAAACGGGAAGCCGAUGCAGCUCAUGGGAGGUGUCCGUGGUGCAGAGUCCCAGUCUUUUUCAGGUCUCGCCCAAUGGACGAGCAAGGUGUUGGAGAUAUUGGGCCAGUCGAUGAAGCCUGAUGGAAGCACUAAUUUUCUAUCAAAGGAGGAACUCAAAAGGUUGAAGGAGGUGCUUCCGCAAGAUCCGGGUCAAUUCCCCAUCUCUAUCAACGGGGGAAACGUCAACUUCCGCAACGCGUACCAGGAGGGAGAAGACAACCUACCCCUCCAGUUUCAAUACCAGGCCAGCGACUGCCGCCUCUACUACACUGUUGAUAAUAUCUACCGCCCGCAUACGAUUUGGAAUGCAGCCAAGGAGGCUAUCUGGGGAGCAGGGACCUGCGUCGUAGGGUCUACAGAUGGUGUUGGUUCUCUUGAGUACAAGAGUAAGGGGAACGAGACGGGGGUUUAUACGAGUAAGGAAACUGGCGGAACGACGGAAAACAAGACAGAAGAGGACGAAGGCAUAACCAAUGCAGCGGUCGGCGUCAGGGUCGGCUGGACUUGGCUUGUGCUUGCCGUUGUUAUUAUAGCGGUACUCCAAUGCUGA